UCUCUCUCUCUCUCUCUCUCUCUCUCUCUCUCUCUCUCUCUCUCCUCUCUCUCUCUCUCUCUCUUUCUCUCUGUUUGUGAUGGGGGGUACACUUGCCAUGGGGCAUGUGUGGAGGUCAGAGGACAACUUCUCAAGUCAAUUCUUUCCAUUCUCCUCAUGGAUCAGACUCACAGAGCCGAUCACUUGCAGAGAUGAGCCAUCUGGUUAGCCAUGUUGUUGUUGUGUGUUUUUUUGUUUUGUUUUCUUUUUUGACUGUAUCCCAGGCUGGUCUGGACCUUACUAUGCAACCCAAGCUGGCCUCAACCUCAUGGCAAUCCUCCUGUGUAGGCCUUUGAAGUUCUGAUAUCGCAGGUGUGCAUCACCACAGCCAGCCUUUUAGUGUAAUUCUUUCCCAAUUCUCUGAUGUUUGCUGGGCCUCGGUUUCCACUUCUGGGUAAUGGGAACAGUAGCUUAUGCUUCCUGAGAUUGCCAGGAGAAUUUAGCACUGCCAUAUCCAGGUUCAGUCCUGGCUCGGCCGUAAUGCUCCCCUGAGGAACAGGCCCGUUUAUUCUCCUAGCCGUUAGCCAGGGACUGUUCCAGGCACGGGAGACACCAGUCAGCAACCCUGCAUGCAGCCUGCAUUGAGGCGAUUUGCAAAGACUUUGGUGUCUGCUCUCUCAAGACCACUGUGUAAGGAAUUUGAAGCAGCCAAGAUGAUUUGGGCCCAUUUCACAGCUGUGGAUACUGAGGCACAGUGAAGUUCUAAGUAUUUUACCCAAGGGCACACCCAGACUUUGCCACCAUAAAUACCCAUAUACCCUUCCCCAGAAGAGUCAUCUGGGCCUUGGGAGAGGAGUCUCCCCUCUGAAGCUACAUCCUGUCUCCUGAGGAUGGGGUGGGGUGGGAGAAUUAGAUACCCUCACCACUUAUGUGGGACAUGACUGCCUUCCUGUCCUAAAACGAACAGGAUAAUGACAGAGGAGACACAGGCAUAGUUCUUAUGACUGCCGGGGUCCUUGUCCUGUGACCACCACAGGCAGCAGCUCAUUGGCCAGUCAGUCACUGAAUACACACCUGCUCCUUUGUGCAGCCAUCCUGCACCAUGCAGGCAGCCAGAGCCUGGUACACGGAAGGCCUGCCAUACAGUCCCCGCUUCUGUAAUGUUAAUGACCUAGUCCUUGGUCUAGCCUGAUGCUCAGGGAGAUGAGAGUAGGAAAGACCGUGGCAGUUGACUGAGCCUAGGUCAGCUAUAGGUCUAGAAUGAGGAGGACAGGGUUCUCAGUGCUGGUCCCUGGGGCCCACCCACUUGACCCGGAAGGCCGCAGGGGACUGGGACAGUGUGGUGUCAGCCAGAUGCCCCUGGAGCACCUGGUAUCAGAAGCGGCUGCAGACUUGGGGAUCAUAGACAAGUUCCCAGGUGCUGAGCCCUUAUGUCCCAGUGGUUCCUCCUCUCUCCACUUCCUCCUCCUCUUCACUCUUCUUGUCCUCUCCUUCCUCACCUUCCUGCUGCUCCUCCUCUUCUCCCUUCCCUUCCCCUCCAUCCUCUUCCUCUUCUUUUUCUCCCUCCUCCUCUCCCUCUCCCUCCUCCUCUCCUUCCUCCUCCUCUCCCUCCUCCCUCUCAUCCUCUUCUUCUUCCUCUUGCUCUUCUCUCCCUUCUAUUCCUUUCUCCUCCCCCUCUUCUUCCUCCCCCUGUCCUCUUCCUCCUCCUUGCCCUCUGAUUCUGAGACGGAUAAUACCACACCCAGUAUGUGAGGCCCCCUAGGCAUGACUGACCUGCCUUCCUAGGGUGCUACAUGGAGCCUGUGGGGAAAUCAGGGGUGCUUACUGUACAUCUGAGUCAUACAACAUGAUUUUGAGCCUCAGUUUCCUCAACUAUGAAGUCAAAGGACAGGCUGCCUUCUCUGACUCCCUAAGGAGCCAGCAGCCACAUGGAGGUUCUUGGGGGCUCUGAAAGAGUCUGGAGCCCUGAGAGAUCUAGGAGGCUCCAGUUUUCCUGAAGUUCCCGUUAGUCCUCAGGACCUGGUAAGGUGUGCCUUGGGAUGACCCUAGAACAUUCUUCUGGUUUUCUCCACAGGUGGACAGCCUCUAGGCUGCAUGGCUUCAUAGAGGAUGAAGACCAACCCUGUAGGCUCCUCCCUAGAAACCUGCCGAGCUGCAGGCCAGGGCGAGAAGGGUUGCCCUGUCUGCCAGGCCUGUGGAGGGGCCUCAGGCCUGGGGUCUGCUUCAGGGUCGGGGUCAGGCCUUGAGCCAGGGCCUGGGGCUGUUCUGGGGUCUGGGCUUGGACCUGGGGCUAUUCCAGGACCGGGACCUGGUCCUGGCGCUGUUCCAGGUUCUGGCCCAGGACCUAGUGCUGUUUCUGUGACUGGGCUAGUACCUGGUGCUUCUUCAGGGCCUACUGCUACUCUGGGACCCGCGCUAGGAGCAGGACCAUUACCUGGAUCAGGAGCUAGGUCUGGACCCAGGCCAGGAGCCGAGUCAGUACCUGGGUUAGUACCCCAGCCAGGAGCUGGGACAUUACCUCAGCCAGGAGCUGGGCCAGUACCUCAGCCAGGAGCUGGGUCAGUACCUCAGCUAGGAAACGAGUCAGUACCUAGACCAGGAGCUGCACCAUUACCUGGGCUGGGCCCAGUGCCUGGGACCAGACGAGGCUCUGGGACUGGUUCUCACCCCAGUGAAUCAGUGACGCCCCCAGAACCAGCGCUACAGCAGAAGACUCAGGCCAAACCCACACAGGGCCCCCGACAGAAGGUUCUGGUGACCGGAGGAGGAGGCUACCUGGGCUUCAGCCUGGGUUCCAGCCUGGCCAAGAGAGGCAUUUCUGUCAUCUUGCUGGACCUCCGCAGACCCCAGUGGCCACUACCCUCAGGAACGGAGUUUAUCCAGGCUGAUGUCCGAGAUGAAGAAGCCCUGUACCAAGCCUUCCAGGGGGUGGACUGUGUCUUUCAUGUGGCCUCCUAUGGCAUGUCUGGGGCUGAGAAGCUACAGAAACAGCAGAUUGAGUCUAUAAAUGUCGGAGGCACCAGACUAGUGAUUAAUGUCUGUGUCCGUCGGCGGGUUCCAAGGCUCGUGUACACCAGCACAGUCAACGUGACAUUUGGCGGAAAGCCCAUAGAGCAGGGCGAUGAGGACUCUGUCCCAUACUUCCCCCUGGACAAGCACAUGGACCACUACUCUCGAACCAAAGCCAUUGCUGAUCAGUUGACUCUCAUGGCCAAUGGGACACCUCUCCUAGGAGGAGGCACCCUCCGCACCUGUGUGCUCCGUCCCCCAGGGAUCUAUGGCCCUGAAGAACAGAGACACCUGCCCCGGGUGGCGAACCACAUCAAGAAGAGACUGUUCAUGUUCCGGUUUGGGGAUCGCAGGACGCGCAUGAACUGGGUCCAUGUGCAGAAUCUGGUGCAGGCACACAUGCUGGCGGCUGAGGCCCUCACCAUGGCUAAGGGCUAUGUGGCUAGUGGGCAGGCGUACUACAUCAAUGAUGGGGACAGCGUCAACCUCUUUGAGUGGAUGGCCCCACUGUUUGAGAAGCUGGGGUACAGUCAGCCCUGGAUCUGGGUACCAACUUCCUGUGUGUAUCUGACAGCUGCACUGAUGGAGUACCUGCACCUGGCCCUGAGGCCCAUCUGCACCGUCCCCCCACUGCUCACCCGCAGUGAGGUGCUCAGCGUGGCCGUGACGCACACCUUCCAGAUUGCCAAGGCCCGCGCUCAGCUUGGCUACGCGCCGGACAAGUUCAGCUUCGCCGACGCAGUGGAGCGAUAUGUGCAGGCCACGACCCAGCAGCCCCGUGGCUUCACCACGCUGACGCUUCUGCGGCUGCUGCUCCUGCUUCUGGGGCUGCUCGGCCUGCUGGGCCUGACACUGCACUUCCUAGGGCUGCAGCCUUUGCAGACAGCAGUGCAACACCUGUGAUCCCGCCUCCGAUUCCCCGGCCACGCCCACAUAUGGCUCUCUGAGCUUGUACCUGGCUUUGACUUCCUGAGUUAGGCUCGCCCCUGCGUCCUAGCCACGCCCCCGCGUCCUGGCCACGCCCCCAUUGCUGCCCACGCCCCGGCUCCACCCACUAGGCUUGUAUUAGUCCUCGUGUUUGGGCUCACUUUCUCUGCUCCGCCCCCCGAGUCUCAGCCACAUUUCCCUACCUUUGGCUUCCUAAUCCAACUUCUUAUUCUUCUCCUGGGCUGGGCGAGGCGGUUGAUGAAGUCCCAGCCUCCUACCCUGCUUCUCCUUCCCAGCCAUUUCCAGGCUCCUAACCAGUCCAGCCCUCUGCUCCGUGUAUCUCCCGGUUUUUCCUGCUCUGGUUUCGCCCCUUCUGCCUCCACCCGUACGCUGAAGCUCCAACGCGGUUGCUUCUUUAGGGACAGACCUUACUCCUCCCUCUCGGGUUUUCGCCGUUGAUCCAAGUGGAUGACGUUCUGGUUGGUAGAGUCUAGAAUUGGACCUGUCUUCUGCUGCUUCUGUGGACAGUGGACCUCCUCCCCUGCCAUGGCUUCUUUGAGUUUGUCCUAAUUUUGACACAGAUUUGUGUGUUGAUUAGCUGGGGAGGGAUACCCAGCCCAGCUUGGUAUCUUUGGGUUCUCGGUUAAUGAGUGGAAAUGACUCAGCACAGUAAAAGGUUUCAGUACCAGAAGGGGCAAGGGGAAAAAAAAAUUGCAAAAGAAAAUUGAAUGUCUCAUAAAGGUACCAAUGUAAUAGACAAAAUAAGAGUUUGGCUGAUCAUAUUAUGAUUUAGAGUUGUGUUCUUGUGCGUGGAAUCAGGAUGUCGUUCCUGAAGCUGUCUACCCUAUUUUUGCAGACAGCAUCUCUCUCCCUGGUUUGGAGCUUGGAGUGGCGAGGCUGGCCAAGAAACCCUAGGGAUCCACCCUGUCUCUUGUUUCCCUGCCCUGGGACUGCAAGCAUAUGCCACCACACCCAACAUUUUGUAUGGGUGCAGGAAGUCGAAUUCGGGUCCCCAUCCUCGUGUAGCAAGCACUUUACCUACUGAGCCCUCUCCCCAGCAUCCAUAUUUUAUGAUUUAGUAUCGUUUGUAUUUUUUUCUCUUUUUUAAAAUGUAUUACAUUUUUUCAUUUAUUUUACAUCCCGACCGCAGUUUUCCCUCCCUCCUCUCCUCCCAUUUCUUCCCCCGGCCUCCUUUCUGCCCCCUCCCCCCAUCCACUCCUCCUCUGUCUCCCUUUCAGAAAAGGGCAGGCCUCCCAUGGGUGCCAGCAAAGCAUGGCAUAUCAAGUUGAGGCAGGACCAAGUUCCUCCCCCUGCAUCAAGGCUGGGUGAGACUAGCCAGCAUGGGGAAUAGGUUCCUUUGUUCAUUUGUAUUUCUUGAUGGGUAGUGGUGCUCACUAGCAUCUUUAAGAGUUUAAGGCCGCAGUCGGUCCUGCUCUCCACAGAAACUGCAUCUCCCUGCCAUCAUGUUGUGGAUCCCAGAAUAACAGUGUGUAAACAGAUUUAACACAUCUAUCUAUCAUCUGGUGCACACGUGGCAUUAGCUGAGCAAAUACUAUGGACCCUAGCAGAGAGCAAAGUAACUGCUUAGCCUGCGGUGGAGGGAAGAGAAGGCACUCACUAGUCAACCUUCGUAGGUGGUGUCCCUCACAGUGUGUGUCUGGUAAAUAAGGAAGACUGUGUAAGAGUUUUAAAAUACACUCAGCAGAAUUUUA